AUGACGCAAGACGAAGCCGUGUCGGCACUGUUAGCCCACGACAUUGAUGGACCAACUAUGCCCAUUGCUCGAUACAUGAUCAAAACCAACAGGCGAUCAAGAGAAAUAUCAUCUCCUGAACCUCUCGUGCUCUCGGAAUCGGAACUUGAGGAAGCCAUUCUUGCGGCAACUGGCCAAAGUGUAGCCUCGUCAACAAGAUUCACUGACGGCGAGCUGAGCAUCUCAUAUAAAGUUACUGUCCGAGAGAGUCCGGAUAUCGCUUAUGUAGUCCAGCUACGCCAUCAUGGCUGUGUUGCGUCUAUGGAUGCGCUUAUGAUUUUGGUUUCAAGAACGAUCGACCCUCACACCUUACCUGUGCACCCCGUGUACCCAAUACCAGGAGAGAUGGAACGGCAAAAGGCUACAGGUAUCGGUAGGGAGAUAAAUCGGCUGAUACCAGGCGUUAUGGCAUCCACUCCUCACCUAAUCGGUGAGCUCAUCGCUACUGAAAGUGAUGGUCAAGUUGUCCUUAAGAUUGGGCCUGAUCGCCAUCAUGGUCUCGGUGGCCCAUUUUCAUCCCAGCAAGGCAUCGAAGAAUACAAGGAGCGGUUUCUAGACCACUCCGCUACUGUGGAGGACAACCCCAUCGUCGCUAUGCACGCCGACAUGGGCCUCCACAACAUUAUUGUGUCUAGCCACGCACGCACCGAUAUACAAGCGGUUAUUGACUGGGAAUUCGCAGCGAGUGCACCCUAUGCCUCUCUCCACCGCAUUAUCGAGAUGCUUUUCCGCAGGCCGGCUCCCAAUGGGUUUGGGCUGGAGUACGAUCGCGCUGAAAAGCUCCGCUUUGCGUUCUGGAGGGCUAUUCCAGAGUGGAAGCAGUGGAAACGGAGCAAUUCGAUACAAGCUUUCCUAGAGUGGUUUCGGUUCGGCCUGUUCUUGAAACCUGAUUGGAGGCCGAACGACUUGCCCAGGGAUGAGAAAGAGGAGUUUUGGAGGGAAAACGUUCGGGUUGUCGAGAGCCUUCUUAACAAGUAUUCAUAG